ACUCGUACCCGUGUACCGGGUUCAAGGCCGUCAAACAGAUUGUAACCUUUCUUAUUUCCUAGAGGCCAGCGCACGCAGCGUCUAUCUCUCUGAAGGGGGGUGUGCCUUCUUCCAGGUUGUUAAUAAUUCAUGAAACUCCGACAAAAAUCGUCACUCCCGUGUUACAUGUAUAAAACCGGGUCAUUUUCGUCCGAUGUCCGUUAUUGAUCUCUGACUGUACUGGUUCUGCGGCCGCCGCUAUAAUGCUGAGCAUUGCUCUAAUCUGGGGAUUCUUGGUAGCGGUAUGCUGCUGCCUGUGGCUCGCGGUGGGCAUCCGCCGAAGGCAUCCGGGCGAGCCGCCGAUUGAGAAUGGCCUCAUUCCGUACCUCGGGUGCGCCCUCCAGUUCGGCGCAAACCCGCUGGAGUUCCUGCGCAGCAGACAGAAGAAGUACGGGCACAUAUUCACCUGUAAGAUCGCCGGCGAGUACGUCCACUUUCUCUGCGACCCUUUCUCCUACCACUCGGUCAUCCGCCAGGGACGCCACCUGGACUGGAAAAAAUUUCACUUCGCUGCUUCCGUUAAGGCCUUUGGGCACGACAGCAUGGACCCCAAAUAUGGGCACACCACGGAGAACCUGCACCAGACCUUCCUGAAGACCCUGCAGGGCGACGCCCUACCGUCCCUCAUCCAGAACAUGAUGGAGAACCUGCAGAACGUUCUGCUGCAGCCCGGCUUCUUGCCCAUGCACACCCAGGACUGGCAGGUGGACGGCAUCUUCGCCUUCUGCUACAAGGUGAUGUUUGAGUCGGGCUACCUGACGCUCUUCGGCAAAGAGCUGAGCGUGCAGGAGGACCAGAGCGCGGCCAGGCAGGAGGCCCAGAAGGCUUUGGUCCUCAAUGCCCUGGAGAACUUCAAGGAGUUCGACAAGAUCUUCCCGGCGCUGGUGGCCGGCCUGCCCAUCCACGUGUUCAAGAGCGGCCACAGCGCCCGCGAGAAGCUGGCCAAGACCAUGAUGGCCGAGGAGCUGAGCAAGAGGAAGAACAUGUCCGACCUCAUCUCGCUGCGCAUGGUGCUGAACGACACCCUGUCCACCUUCAACGACCUGAGCAAGGCGCGCACCCAUGUGGCCCUGCUCUGGGCCUCCCAGGCCAACACCCUGCCCGCCACCUUCUGGACCCUCUUCUACAUGAUCAGGAGCCCUGAGGCUUGCAAAGCUGCCACCGAGGAGGUGGAGAAGGUUCUGGAAAGUACUGGCCAGAGACCCGACCCAAAAGGACCCCAUUUGACGCUCACCAGGGAACAGCUGGACAACCUGCCGGUCUUAGACAGCAUCAUCAAGGAGGCCAUGAGACUGUCGAGCGCCUCACUCAACGUCCGGGUGGCCAAGGAGGACUUCCUGCUGCACCUGGACAACAAGGAGUCGUACCACAUCCGCAAGGACGACAUCAUCGCCCUGUACCCUCAGAUGCUUCACUUCGAUCCGGAAAUUUACGAGGACCCUCUGACCUACAGGUACGACAGAUUCCUGGAUGAAAGCGGCCAGGAGAGGAGCAGCUUCUUCAGGGGGGGCCGCAAACUGCGCUACUACUACAUGCCGUUUGGCUCGGGCGUGACCAAGUGCCCCGGACGGUUCUUCGCCGUCCACGAGAUCAAGCAGUUCCUGUUCCUGCUGCUGGCGCACUUCGACAUGGCGCUCCUGGACGGCCAGGUGAAGGUGCCCCCGCUGGACCAGUCCCGCGCCGGGCUGGGCAUCCUGCAGCCCACCUACGACGUGGACUUCCGCUACCGGCUCAAGGCCCAGUAGGACCGUGUGACGCGGGCUCGUGUGUUUACUGUAAAUACUGUACAUUCUCCCUGUGCCUGCUCUGCUGCAAGCUUACUGUACAUAGAACUGAACGUGUGUGUGUGUGCUUUGGAAUGAUAUGUUAUGGUGGUGAAAUGUACCACAGACUUUGUUGUUGUUUUUUUUAUUUAAAAAAAAAAAAAAAUAUAUAUAUAUAUAUAUAUAUAUAUAUACAUGGCGGCUAAUUUUUGAGACAUUCAAGAUGGAUGUCGGGUUAAAGGGCUUGGCGCUUAGGGUGGAGUUGCUCUUUGGGGCCCUUUGGUGACUCAAGAAGUUGACAAACCGGCAAAUACAUGAUGAGCAAUAAUUCUGUCAAAGUCUUUGAGUUUGGGAAUGAUGUGUGCCUUUUCAAUUCAAUCAGAACAAAUGCCCCACUUGGUGUACACAGCACAUUAACAGUCUGUGGGGCGACAUAGCUCAGGAGGUAAGACCGAUUGUCUGGCAGUCGGAGGGUUGCCGGUUCAAACCCCGCCCUGGGCGUGUCGAAGUGUCCUUGAGCAAGGCACCUAACCCCCAACUGCUCUGGCGAAUGAGUGGCAUCAAUUGUAAAGCGCUUUGGAUAAAAGCGCUAUAUAAAUGCAGUCCAUUUACCAUUUACAUUUACCAGGGCUGCUUGGCCCUGUUCCUGGUCCUUCUGUCCCUACUGUCCCUACUGUCCUGUAGGGCUUAACUCCAAACCAAACAAGGCACACCUCAUUCAACAGCUAGAGCAGGGCUGCCCUGCUCAGUUCCUGCAAGAUCAACUGUCCUGUAGGUUUUCACGCCAACUCUAAUAACAAAGCACACCUCACAUCCAGCUGUUGAAUGAGGUGUGCUUUGUUAGGUUUGGAGUUAAGCCCUACAGGACAGUACAUCUCCAGGAACAGGGCCAAGCAGCCCUGCCCUACGGACUGUUAAUGUGCUGUGUACACCAAGUGGGGCAGGACGGUAGAUCUCCAGGAGCAGGUUGGGCAGCUCUGCUGUUGGGCAGUUCCCUUACUAGUGGGCCCAUCCACCAUUUCAGGAUUUCAUGCCAACUUCUGCUCUUAAUUGGUUAAUGAACCCAAACAUUUAUAUGCUCUUAGAUUAAACAAAACUGCCGACAGAAGACUGUUCUUGUGCCUCUAAAUGACUUUAAGAUUUAAUGCUUUUAAGCAAUUUUAAGGAAUUUUAGGAAACAAAAACCUGAGUCUGGCCCUCUAGAAACAGGGUUCUCCCUCCUCCUGGUGUAGGGGGAGCACUGUUCUACACUGAAGGUUAUGUGUUUCGGUGAAUUUUUGUUUUGGUGUUAAGUGUGUUUUAGUUGUUAGUGGUUUAUAUUGUCUAUAGUUUUAGGAAUGUGCUCUAUGAGCAAUUGCACAGGAUAAAUCACACAUAGGAGGGGUGUGGCUGUUUUAUGCACUCCUCCCACAUUUGGCUCUAGGCCCUGCCCCUGUGGGAGUUUCCCUGUGGAUGGUGUCCGUGCUCGUGCCUAAUGUCAAGAGCAGUGUACAUUACUGCACCACAGAGCACUAAAACAAAUGUUUAUCUAGGCUGUUAUCAAUAUAAAAAAUAACUUUUAUAUCCCGUGACAACCACAUCAGAAUUACCGCUGUCUGUUAUGACAUCAUAAUAGCGAUCUCCCGUGGAAACAUGCCAGGAAGGCUGUGCACAUUUUUUUUAUACACGACUUUAAUCAGAUGGACUCUGUGGAUGUUUUAUCAGCAGUACAUGUUUGCCAGGUAAACAGAAGUGUCAGAUUAUCCGUUUGCUUUUCCCUUGCGAUAAGAUUGCCUUAUCGGAUUCUUAGGCCUAUCUCUCUCAGAAGUUACGCAGCGUCAGAAGAUGCCGGAGUUCAUUGCAGUUCACCAGCUGUUCUUCUGCAGAAUCCACUGCGAAUGCUACUGUCAGUCACACAUUAUUCUGUAUAACUUUCAUGUUUCCCACUGUAAAAAUGCCAAAUAUUCUCUCUGACGAAUAAUAAACAAUAAAAGCACCCGCGUGGAA